CAGAGGGAGAAGGCUCCAUGCAGAGAGCCCGAUGCGGAACUCGAUCCAGGGUCUCCAGGAUCACACCCUGGGCUGCAGGCGGCACUAAACCGCUGUGCCACGGGGGCUGCCCCGACUCAUAGGUUUUCAUCGGCCCCCCUGUUGCUCUCAGGAGGGAGGUGGGGUCUUCAGGAUUUGAGUGGCGGAUAUGAUCUCAACCUCUUCGCCAGCCCUCCUGAUUGCAACUUCCUAUGUUCCGUGUGCCACGGAGUUCUCAAGAGACCAGUGAGGUUGCCAUGCAGCCACAUCUUCUGCAAGAAAUGCAUCCUCCGGUGGCUAGCCAGACAGAAGACCUGUCCAUGCUGCAGGAAAGAAGUGAAACGGAAAAAGAUGGUCCAUGUAAAUAAACUCCGGAGGACCAUUGGCCGCCUGGAAGUCAAGUGCAAGAACGCGGAAGCUGGCUGCUCGGUGACGUGCCCCCUGGCCCAUCGAAGGGGGCAUCAGGACUCAUGCCCGUUCGAGCUGAUGGCCUGCCCCCACGAGGGCUGCACGGCACGGGUGCUGCGUGGGGCCCUGGCCGAGCACCGGCAGCACUGCCCACACGGGGCCCAGGAGCGCUGCCCGCUGGGCUGCGGGGCCACCCUGGGGCCCGUGGAGCGUGCGCGCCACAACUGCUACCGCGAGCUGCGCGAGGCCUGGAGCUGGCGGCAGGAGCGCAGCCGGACCCUGGUGCUGGGCCUGCUGCGGCGCAUGCGCGAAGUGCACCGCACGGCCAAUCUCGUCCGCAGACAGCUGGCCCAGCUCGGAGGCUUCCUGGAGGAGGAAGACGCGAUGCUUGUGGGCGCCCCGCAAGGGGAGGCCGAGGCCACUCCAGAAGGCAGCAUGGGGGCCGAGAUGUGAGGGGCCCAGGGCCAAGGGACCUUGUAAAUAGAAGGGUGAAUAAACGCAGAGCCCAGGCCUGGGCCGCCCUGCCACCGUGUGCUUGCCGGCCGCCCCCUUCCAGGCAGCACCGCCUU